AUGCAGGGAACCGGCGAGGGCCACUCUGUGGCACUUCUACGGCACAUAUGUUGCAGUGACGUGCGCUGCGUGGGCUAUGGCAUGGGGGUGAGCUACCCUCCUAUCGGCACAGUGUGGCGGAAGGCAUCCAGCGAGGGUGAGGAUCCGUAUAACGGGACGCGCCCUUCUUUCUUCUACGGGCUCCGCUAUCUCCGACGCAAGACCUGGCCCACUGCACGAGCUCCUGGCGUGGCAGCCAGGCAGGUCCGAAUACCACUGCCUGAUUCGCUCCUGCAGAAGCUUGGGGUACUCACAGUGUCCUUCGGCUCAGCAGACUGGGUGCUGAGCCUUGGGGUCGGCCAGUUCAUUCCGCGUUCAAAGGAGCUGACGUUUCUGAUGAACUUGGUGCGGCAUGCUGAGUUUGGCAUCGUGAUGCUCUGGGGCAAGGCUGGGCCAAAUCCUCGUUCUGCCGAGGAAGUGCAGCGGCUUUUCUCACCUUUGGGCUUCUUUCCCGAUGAGGGAGCUGCCAGGGAGCUUCGUCUGUUUGCUGGCCUGGCCUAUGGUGGCCCCAAAGCUGAGCUCCUUGUUCUACGGCGCCUCGCUGGUACCUGGUCAGCAUUGGAUCCCUGGCAGCGCGAGGACGUAUACAACGCCGAGGGCAGUGGAGAGCCUGCAGUGCUCGUUGGACAUCAUGCGUACCUCGUCCAGUAUCGGGGAAAGCAUGCUGUUCAUUGUGCCGUGCACGAGACCUACGGACUCGUCAGACCUGGCUUGCUAUGGGUGAAUGGUGGCUGUGGUGGCCUCUUUCGGGUCUGGCGGACGAACAAUGUCCGUGAGCUGCCUGGUGCCUGGUGCAUCAAUGCCGAUCAUCGCUACAAGGAGUGUCUUAUACCAUCUUGGCUCACAGAUGCCAAGGGCAACGCGACGGUGCAGAUGCAUCUUCGUGGACGACAAAAUGCUCAAGAGACGGCAGGGGAUCCUGGUCCUGUGAAAUCCAGCCCCGCAGAACUCGACUGGCAGAUGCAUGCGUCAGCCGACCAGUUGGUACCCCGGCUGACGGCUUGGCGAGGAGACCCCCGCAUGAACAUGGUCUUCUACAAGUUUGCCAAGAAGCUGGCCUCUGCAUGCCAAACAAACAGCACAGGGCUAGAGGCUUCGGAGCUCCUCUUGGAGUGGCAGUGGUUCUGGUCCGCUGACUGGCGGCCACUGCUGCGCCUCUCAGCACAGCUGCAGGGCCGGCAAGGUUGGCGAGGUUGGCGAGGUCGAGGAGGCGUGGAGCCGGAGGUUCCGACACGCUUUGCGCGCAUCUUCCUCCUCUUCCGCUCUCUGGGCGUGCAGCAAAGACGGGAAAGGGGGAAAUCCCUGCAUCUUGACUUGAAACUGAGAGCCCGCGCCCUGGGCCACUUCCGUCGUGCAGUCGCGGCGGCCGAGAGUGCCCUGAAGCUCCAGCUGCCGCGCAGCGGCCCGAGCAGCGGCCCGAGCACGCAGAUGACGUCACCGAAGCCACGAGCGGGAAGAGGAGGGAGUUCUGUCGCGCCUUCGCGCUGGGCGGCCUCCGACUGCCUUCCACGCUGGCGCUUUCGGAGGGAUCGAAAGAAGCUGAAGGGCCCGGCACCUCCAGAAGCCGUGCUGCGCCGCCUUGCUUUGGCACAGAAGGCUGCGGCGACCCUCCUUGUGUGGCUCGCUCCGGCGAGAGCUCUGCGCAGCCAGGUGCUUUUGGAGCUCCUCAUCCUCGCCCACCGUGCUGCGAUGGCCGUUGUGAAAUGGGGCGAAAACAUUCCUUGCAGGGGGCUGGGGCACCUUCAGAAGCGCCCUACUGGCCCUACUGCACCUGCGUCUCACCGCCCAGUGGCGAAGCCAUUUGGGUGUGACCGGCCCUGGGCGAAGGAUUCGGUGGAGGCUUGGUAUAUCUACCGCUUGGUGGCCUGCGACCCCUCCUCGACUUGA